AUGAUGAAACAGAAGAAUCACACUUUCAGCAGUGAUUUCAUUCUUUUGGGGUUGUUCUCCACUUCCCAGACAAGUCUGGUCUUUGUCUCCAUGAUAUUUAUCACUUUUAUUAUGAGUGUGACAGAAAACACACUCAUGAUCUUUCUUAUCCUCAACAACUCACGACUCCAUACUCCAAUGUAUUCUCUGCUCAGUCACCUGUCCUUUAUGGAUAUCUUGCAUAUUUCCAACAUUGUUCCCAAAAUGCUUGCUAACUUUCUGUUGGACAGCAGAACUAUUUCAUUUCAAGGCUGUGGAUUCCAGAUAUUUCUGUCCCUCACCCUACUGGGUGGCGAGUGUCUUCUCCUGGCUGCAAUGUCCUAUGAUCGCUAUGUAGCCAUCUGUCACCCACUGCGCUAUCCCAUUCUUAUGCAUGAACUCAUCAGCGUUCUCAUGGCUGGAGGGGCCUGGCUUGUUGCGACCUUCAACUCCAUAAUUCACACAACUUACACACUCCAUUUUCCCUUCUGUGGUUCCAGAGCCAUCGAUCACUUUUUCUGUGAAAUCCCUGCCAUGUUGAAGUUGUCCUGUGCAGACACAUCACACUAUGAAAGGGGAAUUUACAUAAGUGGCAUCAUUUUCCUGUUGAUCCCUUUCUUUGUGAUCUCUGCUUCAUAUGUCUACAUUUUGCUUGCUGUACUCCAAAUGAAGUCUUCGGAGGCACGGAAGAAGUCAUUUUCCACUUGUUCCUUCCACACGAUUGUGGUCAUGAUGUACUAUGGGCCAUUUAUUUUUACAUACAUGAGACCUAAAUCAUACCACACUCCAGGCCAGGAUAAGUUCCUGGCAAUAUUCUAUACCAUCCUCACACCCACACUCAACCCUAUCAUCUACAGCUUAAGGAAUAAAGACGUUCUGGUGGCAGUGAGAAAUAUGCUUAAAAGUAAUUCUAUGUACAAAAAUGAAUAG